GAAGAAGAAGAAGAAGAAUAAGGAGAGGAGGAAAGAGAGGAUUAAUUAGGAAGAAAUAAGAAAGAAUCCAAGUUUGCAAGCAUUCUCUGAAAUCCAGGACACCCCACAAAGAUCAGAACUUUUUGCUCCACUUCCACUGCUAGUGUGUGUGUGUGCUUGUGUUGUGAUGGAUCCCAAGAAGAAGACUUGCCAGGAAGAGUUGGCCCUCCCCCACAACAACAAGAGUGAACCCACCACCACCAUUACCACCACCACCACCACCACCACCAAGCUCCACAUGGACAAAGAGGAGCCCCAAAAGAAGCAACUAGCACCAAGAAGAAGCUCCAAUAAGGACAGGCACACCAAGGUUGAUGGCCGAGGUAGGAGGAUCAGGAUGCCUGCCCUUUGUGCUGCCAGGAUCUUUCAGCUUACCAGAGAACUUGGCCAUAAGUCUGAUGGUGAAACCAUCCAGUGGUUGCUCCAACAAGCUGAACCCUCCAUCAUCGCUGCCACUGGCACUGGCACCAUCCCUGCUUCUGGCCUUACUGCCUCUGGUGCUACCUUGGCUAGUGGCUCUGGCUCUGUUGGGUUACAGCAACAACAACAGCAGCAGCAGCAGCAACAGAAAGGUGAUGGCUUGAAUUGGGCCAGUGUGUGGCCUGGGAUGGGUGGAGGGGGUUUUGGAUUGGGGACUGUGGGGUUCCAUGGGUUGGAACUACCUGGAGGAAGCUUGUCAACCAUGAGUUUUGCUUCUUUGCUUGGUGGUGCCCAUGGUCCACAGGUUCCUGGGCUGGAGCUUGGUCUUUCACAAGAUGGGCAUGUUGGGGUGUUGAAUGCUCAGGCUCUUACUCAGUUUUAUCAGCAUAUUGGGCAGAACAGGGGUGAUACUAGUGCUGCUGCUGCUGGUUGUGUUGAUGGUGAAACUGCUCAUUUGCAUCAUCAUCAUCAUCAUCGUCAGCAUCAUCAUCAUCAUCAUCAACAACAACAACAACAACAACAGUCUUCUUCUGCAGUGGAUGAUUCACAAGGAUCAAGACAGUGAAAUUGAGGUUGGAACCAAAAGAGAAAUUUUUCUGCAGUUUCACAAUCCUUGCUUGGUGUUGUGAGAAUUUGCUUGAUUCUCAUAUGGGUGUAUAGUGUGAGGCUGGGAGAAGGUUGCAAGGGGAUUUCUUGUUUGCUUCAAGGUGUGUAGAUAUGAUUUUUUUUCUUUUUUCUUUUUUUCAUUGAAGUGGUUUGUUCACUUGUUUUCAUUUUUAUUGUUAGAUUUUGGAUGAAUUGUGAUCGGCUUGUUUUGUGAGGAAUAAAUAUUGAGUUUCCAUUCUAUUAUAAGUGGAAUGAAUGAUUGUUCAGCAUUGUUAAGAGUUUUUGUCAUCAUGCCUGUCUCAUUGCAUUAACAUAUGAAAAAAAAAUCAGUAAUAAUGAACA